UGUGGGUCCACAAAUGCCCAGGAAGCACAGCUGUAUCAAGAGAAAAAGAUGCUUUGGAAACUUGUUCUCCUGUGUGGCCUACUCACUGGGCCCUCAGAGGCUCUUCUUGAGAAUCUUGGCAAUGACCUUCAUAAUGUUGUGGACAAGUUGAAACCUAUUGUUGACAAAGGACUUGAGACGGUUGACAAUACUCUCCAAGGCGUCCUUCAGAAUCUGAAGGUUGACUUGAAGCUGCUACAGGAAUCCGAGGCGUGGCAGCUGGCCAAAAAGAAGGUCCAGGAAGCUGAGAAAUUGGUGGAUAAUGCCCUUUCUGAUGUCCAUCUAAGUGCAGGGAAGGCCCUGGGGUUGAAAAUCAGCGACUCCAUCAUCCUGGAUAUCAAGCCCGAACUGACUGCUGACGGCAAAGGCAUCAACCUGAGGGUCCCCGUCGUCGCCGAUGUCUCUGCGACCCUGCCCCUCAUUGGCCAGGUUGUCGACCUGAAGGCCUCCUUGGACCUCCUGACUAGAGUCAAGGUUGAAACUGAUGCCCAGACCAAACUGCUCAAGGUGACCCUGGGAGAAUGUGUCAGCGAUGCCACCAGCAUCUCCCUCUCCUUGCUGGACAGACGCAGCACCCUGAUCAACAAUCUUGUGGGCUCCGUGACCAGCAUCCUGAAGAAGAGUGUGUCCUCCCUGGUGCAGAAGGAUCUGUGCCCACUGCUCGGCAUCUUCAUCCAUGGCCUGGAUGUGAAGAUUUUACAGGACAUCGCCGUUAAACUUCAGGAGAGAAGCAGUGUGCAAACCGCGUGAGGACAGAUGAGGAGGACCCCUGCGUGCCGCCUGCUGGUCGGCUGCCAGUGGCUUGGCCUCACUCCCUGUAGCAUCUCCCUCCGGGACGGUGCUGCCACUGCCAACCCGAGUGAAAGCCUGAGCCCAGCCAGAAGGACCUUCCGGACAUCUCUGCUCAGUCAGGACAGUGGCCGCUAUACCUGUUCCCCUGCCCCAGCAAUAAAAGCCCA